AUGUUAAAGGAUAAGGGACAGGUCACCUUUGAAGACAAGUGGCCCUCGAUGCGACCGAUAGUCUUAAAGCUAUUGAAGCAAGAAGCCGUCACACAGAUAGAAUGGCAAGAUUUGUUUGGGUCAGUACAUUCCGUGUGUCUUUGGGACGAGAGAGGUCCUAGUAAGUUAAAAGAUGCGUUGCAACAAGACAUCAUGAUGUAUAUCAAACAAGCGCAAGCCCGGGUUCUUGCUCAGCGGGAAGACCAGGCACUACUGAAAGCCUAUAUUGCUGAAUGGGGCAAAUUCUUCACGCAAUGCAACUAUUUGCCUACACCUUUUCGUCAACUGGAGAACUCUCUUAACAAUGUGAGCAAAGUGAGCAGCUCGAAUGUCUCUAAUUCUCAAAAAAAGAAUAAUAACAAUAAUGUUGAGGACAGUUUGGUACGUAAGUUAAUGUUGGACUCUUGGAAUCAAAGUAUAUUCAUGGAUAUUAAACAGAGGCUUCAAGAUUCUGCAAUGAAACUAGUACAGGCUGAGAGAAAUGGUGAAUCAUUUGAUUCUCAACUAGUUAUUGGAGUUCGUGAAUCUUAUGUAAAUCUAUGUUCAAAUUCUACUGAUAAGUUGCAGAUAUAUAGGGAAAACUUUGAGGCUGCCUACAUGCAAGCUACUGAAGAGUUUUACAAGCUUAAAGCUAACGAACAUCUUUUAACAAAUGGUGUACAAUCAUAUAUGAAGUAUGCAGACUUACGCUUAAAGGAGGAAGAAGCUAGGGCUCAUAGGUAUUUAGAACCUGGUAGUGGCAGUGUUGCUGCGUUAACACAGUGUUGUGAAAGGGUUCUCAUUGGAGAGCAUAUGCCAAAUCUUCUAGCAGAAAGUGCACCUUUAAUCAAAGCUGGUGAAACUGAAAAACUACAGUUAAUGUUCCGUCUCUUGGAUAGGAUUCCUGAUGGUGUUACACCAAUUUUACGGGAUCUAGAAGCCCACAUUGUAUCUGCUGGUUUAGCAGACAUGGUUGCUUCGGCUGAUAUCAUAACCACAGAUUCAGAAAAGUAUGUGGAAAGAUUACUCGACCUAUUUAAACGGUUCAGUUCAUUAGUUAAGGAUGCAUUCUUAGAUGAUCCUAGGUUCCUUACGGCCAGAGACAAGGCUUACAAGUGUGUCGUCAAUGAUACAACAGUGUUCAAAUUAGAAUUACCGUCAUCUGCCCUCCUACGCGGCACGAAAGGCACCGCGCCGGAGAGCAAGUGCCCCGAACUGCUUGCAAAUUACUGUGAUAUGUUGUUACGAAAAACUCCUUUAAGUAAACGCUUAACUAGUGAUCAAAUCGAAUCGAGACUGAAGGACGUCUUGUUGGUCCUUAAGUACAUCGAGAAUAAGGACGUAUUCAUGAGGUAUCAUAAGGCACAUCUGACGCGUCGCUUGAUAUUGGACUCGAGUGCUGACUCUGAAAAGGAAGAGGACAUGGUCGAGUGGCUCCGCGAGGUCGGGAUGCCGGCGGAUUACGUCAAUAAGUUAGCUCGAAUGUUUCAAGACAUUAAAGUCAGUGAGGACCUCAACACGCAAUUUCGCGGCGAAACGACGCGGCACGACGCGAUCAAUAUCAAAAUACUUAACGCUGGCGCUUGGGCCCGUGGUUCCGAACGGGUAACCGUCAGUCUCCCUCUAGAAUUAGAAGACUACAUUCCUGAGGUGGAAGAUUUUUACAAGAAAAAGCAUUCCGGUAGAAAACUACAGUGGUACCAUCACAUGAGCAACGGUACGAUAACCUUUGCGAAUUCCGUGGGUAGGUUCGAUUUAGACGUCACCACGUUUCAAAUGGCGGUACUUUUUGCGUGGAAUCAGCGACCUACGGAUAAAGUUACGUAUGAGAACUUAAGACUGGCCACGGAGUUACCUGAUCCCGAAUUGCGAAGAACUUUAUGGUCCCUAGUGGCUUUCCCCAAGUUAAAAAGACAGCUAUUAUCCUAUGAUCCCCCGGUACAGAACCCGAAAGACUUUACAGAAAAUACAGGCUUUUGGGUGAAUCAGGAGUUUGCGCUUGUUAAAAAUGGCAAGCCGCAGAGGAGAGGCAAAAUCAAUUUGAUCGGGCGACUGCAGUUAAGUACGGAACGAUCUCAGAUUGAAGAUAAUCAUUCUAUUGUGCAAUUAAGAAUAUUGAGGACUCAGGAGGCGAUUAUAAAGAUACUAAAAAUGCGAAAGCGCAUUACGAACACAGCGUUACAGAGCGAGUUAGUGGAGAUCUUGAAGAACAUGUUCUUGCCUUCAAAGAAGAUGAUAAAAGAACAGUUGGAAUGGUUAAUUGAGCACAAAUACAUGCGCCGAGACGACGAAGAUAUCAAUACUUUUAUAUACAUGGCCUAG